UUUGGACACAUCCUACUCAACAUUCAUUUUUUGGGUUGGAUUUGAUCUGAGAUCUGUGUUGUCUGUAUUUUACAAUUCUAUGUCAAUACUACGUUUUUGGGACAACAACCCGGCCUACCGAUAAACUUUUAGUGACCCUACCCUUUUUGAUAAUAAAAUACUCCUGGACAAAUUAUUUAAUAGUAUUUUAUCAACAACAGCAUAACAUGUCUAAGCAAUACGGCUUAAUUGAACCGAAGGCAAGUAAAGGAAUAAAGCCUGUUGUGAAAAAACCCGCCGUAUUCGACAGCGAAUCUGACUCGGAUUCACAGGCACCAAAAAGAACCAUAAAUGCGGAACUGGGCGAAAGUCAGAAACGCCAAGCUCGGGCCGCUCAACAGAAAGCAUUAGCCGAGGAUCCAACAAUCUACCAAUAUGAUGAACUGUAUGACGAAAUGGAUAACAAACGGAAGGAAGCGAAAACCGACAAAUCGAAAGAAGAGCGGAAGCCAAAAUACAUUAACAAAUUGCUCGAAACUGCUGAGAAACGUAAAAAGGACCAAGAGCGACGUAUUGAACGCCAAGUACAAAAAGAACGAGAGGCAGAAGGGGAGAUGUACAAAGAUAAGGAAUCAUUUGUUACUUCGGCCUAUCGGUCAAAACUGGAGGAGAUGAAAAAGGCUGAGGAAGAGGAAAAACGCGAAGAGUAUCUGGAAAGCAUUGGGGAUGUAACGAAACAAAGUGAUUUGGGUGGCUUCUAUAGGCACAUCUACUCACAAAAGAUGGGUGAAUCUGAUUUGAAAAAGAAAGACGAAAAGAAGCACAGUAAUUCAAGCGAUUCUGAAGAAGAGAAGAAACAGGAUAAGGGAAGCGAUUCCAAAGAUAAUGCAGCACAAGAUUUCUCUAAAAGUAAACACACGGGAGUUGCUCAGUCUAGACGAUACCGCAAGCGACUUUCUGUCGAGGAAGACAAUGAUGCAGCCGAAAAAAAUGAUUCAUCUAAGAAAAUUCAUCUGCAGUCUAAUCUGGACGCUGAUUCGGACUUCAGUAUUGAUUCUCAAAGUAGCAGCAGCGACGAAAGUGACUGUAGUAACAGAAAGAAAAAGAACAAACAGGAAAAUGAUUCUGCAGAAGCGUCGCCAGAGAAAAAUGUUAAUUCGGAGGAGACGGAACAACCAUCGAAUGGAGUGGAAAACGAAGAAAAGGUCAACGAUCCUAAAGGAGUCAACAGCAUCAAAUCUGACGAUUCCCCCAAAAAGAAAAUGGAAAUAAAGGCAAAGGAACCCAAGAUUGAUAUAUGGAAAAAACGAACCGUCGGAGCCGCUUUCGAUGCAGCUUUGCAACGAUAUUACGACCGCAAGGCGGCUCGAGAAUCAGGUUAAUUUUUGAAUUUAUGGAAAACCUAAAGUUUGUUCUUUAAAUAAUUUUCAAAAUAAAGUUAAAUUAAUAUA